CUUAACAGGAACCCUGCAAGCAGAACUCAAUUACCUAUACAGAAUGCUUUUGGUCUAACAGUCCACAAGACACAAGGGUUAACCUUGCCAAAUCUCAGAAUUAACUCUCUUUCAAGGGAGGCAUUCAUGGUUGAUCAAUUGAUGGUUAGGGA